UAAGAACCUGCCAGAGAGUGAGAGAAACAGUGCCAGGAAACUUACGACUUUUGUGUGGUGCGUCUUGAAGGAGCUGGUGACCUGAACGCACCAGGAAGGAGGGAGCCAAGAGGCGCUAUUCCUCAAUUGAACGAUGCGAGGGACGAGACUUGGGGCCCUGGUGCUCCUCCUGACUGCCCUCACCACCGCCCAGCUCAAGAAGAACGAUGACCUCUUCCACUGCCCAGACGAUUGGAUGCUACGGGGAGAGUACUGCUACAGGUUCUUCAACAUCAGACACUCGUGGGACAAAGCUGCUGCUCUCUGUAAAAGAUUUGGAUCCGACCUGGUGCUGGUGGAGAGCUACAGUCAGAACAACUUCACAGAGGGUCUGGCCCACGCCAGCCUCGAUGACCCCACCAACAGCUACUGGCUGGGCCUCGUCUCCCUCAAUGACCUCUCUACCAACACCCUGGAGAGUGCCAGUGGCAAGCACGUCUCGCUCUACUCGGGGUUCUGGUCACAAGGACAACCCCAGGUGACAGGUGGGGAGUGUGUGAAAGCCAAACUCUCUGACCAGCACCAGUCAUGGGAGCUCAGCACAUGUGAAUCUCUUCUACCCUUCAUGUGUCGAGUUCAAGCCUGCACCCGUGGUGCCCUUCACUGCUCCAAUGGAAGAUGUAUCAACAAGGCCUUCAAGUGUGAUGGACAGAAUGACUGUGGAGAUAUGUCUGAUGAGAUCGACUGUCCCAAUCGUUGCCACUUCUAUAUGCGUUCAUCAGGAGACUCUAUAGAGAGCCCCGAAUACCCCAAAAAGUAUGGACCCAACAUGGAUUGUAAAUGGACCUUAGAGGGUCCUGUUGGCCACAAUGUGAUUCUUCAAUUCUUCGAAUUUGACACAGAGAAGAACUUUGACACAGUGCAGAUUCUCAGUGGUGGACGUACCGAGGACUCGGCUGUGUCUCUCACAACACUCUCGGGCAGACAGGACCUUACUGAUAAACUUUUCAUCUCAGCCUCCAACUUCAUGAUUCUCAAAUUCAAGACCGAUGCCUCAGUGGAGAAGCGAGGUUUCAGGGCAUCAUGGAAGACAGAACCACAGAACUGCGGUGGAGAAUUGAUUGCUACACCCCAGGAGCAGAUUAUGACAUCCUACAACUACCCACUCAACUACCCUGGUGGUCUCGAGUGUCUUUACAUGCUCAAGACACAACAAGGACGUGUCAUCACUCUCGAGAUUCUUGAUUUGGAUCUUGAGGAUGACAAAGAUUUUGUGUUGGUGCGAGAUGGUGAUUCACCUUCAGACCCUCUGCUGGCUCGGCUCACUGGCUCCCAGGAAGACAACCAUCGUUUUAUCGUCUCAACUGGCCCUGUGAUUUACUUCUACUUCUACACCAACCUUGGAGUUUCUCAACGAGGAUUCCGCAUCAAGUACUACUCAGGAUGCUCUGUAACUAUGGAUGCCAACAAGGGCAUCAUUUCUUCUCCUGCUUAUGGUAUUAGGGAGUACCCAACUAACCAAGAGUGCAGCUAUCUCAUCAGACGACCUGGUGGAGGACCUCUCUCACUCAGGUUCAAUGACUUUGUUGUGGAAAAUAAGGAUACUGUGCAGGUGUAUGAUGGGAUGACAUCAUCUCAAGGUAUUCGCCUACAUUCUGGCAAAGGUUUCUCUGCUAACAACCCUCCCACCAUUACUCUGACUGCUGAUUCUGGCGCCAUGUUUCUCAUGUUCAACUCUGACCCCCUACGAUCGGCCAGAGGAUGGUCAGCCAAUUUUUCUGCAGAUUGCCCAAUGUUAACUGCUGGUGAAGGAGCCAUUGCUUCUUCACGUGACACCUCCUUUGGCAGCAUUGUGACUUACACAUGUCCUGUGGGUCAAGAGUUUGCCAAUAACAAGACUGCCAUUGUUACUACAUGUAUGCCUGGGGGGACCUGGUCCACUGACUAUAUUCCCAAAUGCCAAGUUGUUUACUGUGGCCCAGUGCCCCAGAUUGACAAUGGCUUCAGUAUUGGUGCCACCAAUGUGACAUACCUUGGUCAAGCCACCUACCAAUGUUAUGCAGGCUUUGGCUUCCCCAGCAGCAAGGGUGUCGAGACCAUCACAUGUACAGAACACGGGGAGUGGCAGCGACUUCCAGAGUGCCUAGCAUCACAGUGCCCUGCUCUACCAGAAACCCCACAUGCCAACCAAACUGUGCUUAACGGUGGAGGACGUAGUUAUGGCACCGUGGUGAGGUUUCAGUGUGAGGCUGGCUAUUACCGCACUGGUCUCCCUGUUAUCCACUGCAUGUCCAAUGGCUCUUGGUCAGGUGACGUGCCCACUUGUUCAAGAAUCAAGUGUUAUGAUUAUCCAAAGAUUGCUAAUGGAUUUGUUGCUGAUCUUACCCGUGACUACUACUUUGGAGACGAAGCCAGAGUACAGUGCCAUCGUGGUUACCAGUUAGUUGGUUCUUCCAUCAUCCAGUGUGGCUCAGACCAACAAUUUCUUAAUCUACCAACCUGUCAAGAUAUUAAUGAAUGUGAUGCCGCCCAGUGCGAUGCUGCCUCAACUGAAUGCAAAAACACCCCUGGAGCCUUCUCGUGUAUGUGCAAGCCUGGCUUCCGACCUAAUCUUGACUGUCGGCCACGAGGAGACCUUGGUGUAUCUGAUGGUGGUAUUCCAGAUGAUGCAAUGUUUGUGUCUUCCACUGCUGCAGGUUAUGAAAAGAAUAGUGUACGUCUCAACUCUCAGCUUGGCUGGUGUGGUGCUGAGCAUGAGCCUGGUCGAAACUGGGUUAUGGUUGACCUUCGUGUCCCUACUGUUAUCAUUGGUUUCCGUACACAGCCUGUUGAGCGUGCUGAUGGUCAGAGCGCCUUUGCUAAAUCUAUCCGCUUGCAGUACACAGAUGAUCUAACUGACGUGUUUCGUGAGUACACCAAUCGUGAUGGAUCACCAGUGGAGUUCAGAAUUACCUCGGGGGUUUCUUUGUCUGUAGUAAACCUCCCUACUCCUGUUGAAGCUCGUUAUAUCCGUCUCACUAUUGCUGAUUAUGAAACGGCACCCUGCCUUAAGUUUGAACUCAUGGGCUGUGCACGCCAAGACUGUAUUGAUGUAAAUGAAUGUGAAGAUAAUAAUGGAGGCUGCGAUCAGCGUUGCAUCAAUUCUCCAGGAUCUUUCUCUUGUCUGUGUAAUGUUGGUUAUGAUCUCUUCACUGAAAAUGGGACAGCUGGGUUCUACACAGAGAAAUAUGAAUCUGGUCUCCGUGAUGGUGACACCUAUCGGCUGAACAAGACAUGCGUAAGGAAGAUGUGUCCAGGACUGGAGUCACCACCAAAUGGAUUGUUGCUGGAUACUCGUGACAUGUAUCAUUACGGGGAUCUUGUCUCAUUCCAAUGCAAUUUCGGAUAUGUCAUGGUUGGAUCUGACAAACUAAUAUGUAACAGUAAUGGUAUUUGGAAUGGUACUUUACCUGAAUGUCGGUAUGCAGCUUGUGAACCCUUACGAAAUAACCCGGAAGAACACCUUACAGUUCAUUUUACUAAGCCUGAUGCUCCAGUGAUCCCAUUCAUGGAAAAUGAAACUAUUACUUGUAAUCAAGAAGGCAGACCAUUAAGGAAUACAUUGACAUCUGGAUUCCGUGAGUGUGUGUAUGAUCCUCAGCCUGGCUUCCAAGAUUACUGGAUGGCAGGUAUUCCACCAGAAUGCCCACGUGUCGACUGUGGCAUACCAGCAGAGACACCUGGGGCUACAUAUGGCUAUACUGUAGACACUCAGUAUCAGUCAUCCUUUUUCUUUGGCUGUGAAGAGACAUUCAGCCUUGCUGGCCAAACUAGCAGAAAUGACAAUGCAGUUACGUGCCAGGCUGAUGGUAACUGGGACUUCGGUGACCUAAGAUGUGAAGGCCCCGUUUGCUCUGAUCCUGGCCACCCACCUGAGGGUACACAAAUUGCUUCUAGCUAUGAGCAAGGAUCUGAAGUGAAAUUUGAAUGUUCUCGUCCAGGCUAUAUCCCCAUUACUGAUGAACCCAUUCAUUGCAUACGUGAGCCAGAGUGUCGUGUUGUUGCUCCAAUUGGGAUAACAUCGGGCAAGAUUCCAUCAUCUGCUAUUAAUGCCACCUCCGAGCGUGGGAACUAUGAGGCUCAUAAUAUUCGUUUGAACUCUGCCACUGGGUGGUGUGGCCUGACGGAAUCUUUUACAUAUGUCACCGUAGACCUAGGAACAGUUCACAGAAUUAAGGCAGUUUUAGUGAAAGGAGUUAUUACAAAUGAUGUUGUUGGAAGACCAACUGAAAUUCGCUUCUUCUAUAAGGAACAGGAGGAAGAAAAUUACAUCGUCUACUUCCCAAAUUUUAAUCUUACAGCUCGAGAUCCAGGCAAUUAUGGGGAGCUGGCAAUGAUAACGCUCCCAACGGUUGUGACGGCACGCUUUGUUAUUCUUGGCAUUGUCAGCUAUGAUAAAAAUCCAUGCCUUAAAUUUGAAUUGAUGGGUUGUGAGGAUGAACCAGCUGAGAAGCGCCUCCUUGGCUAUGACAUGGGCUUCCCUAUAUGUGUUGAUAAUGAACCACCACAAUUUGCAAAUUGCCCCAUUAAUCCUAUAGUUGUUCAAAAGGGUGUUGAUGGCUUCCAAAGUGUCAACUUUACAGUGCCAACUGCAUAUGACAAUUCAGGCACGAUUGCUCGCACUGAAAUACGUCCAGCUGGCUUCCGACCCCCUAUGCAUAUUUUUAAGGAUAUGAUGGUUGAAUAUUUGGCAUUUGAUUUUGAUGGAAAUGUUGCCAUUUGUCAGAUUAAUAUUACUGUCCCCGAUGACAUUCCACCUUCAGUUACCUGUCCUCAGAGUUAUGUGAUUGCAUUGGUUGAACAACAAGAAAAUUAUCGUGUGAACUUUAACUCCUCAAUCACAUUGUCUAGUGUAAAUGCCAGUGAUAAUAGUGGACAUUAUAAGCUGAGAGUAACACCUGAAGUUGCACUUAUAAGAGUUGGAGGUUAUGCGAAUGUUAGUGUCAUUGCUACAGAUCCCUCUGGAAAUGCUGCAUCCUGUAACUUUCAAGUUGCUGUGCAGGCAACAGCUUGUGUAGAUUGGGAAUUAAAGGAACCAGCAAAUGGUAAACUGAAUUGCAUACCGGGUGAAGGUAAAAGUAUGGAAUGUUUGGCUACAUGCAAUGAUGGAUUUAGAUUUACUGAUAACAUGCCAGUCAAGGCUUUCACUUGCACCAUAGAGACCUCUUGGCAACCCUCACGAGUGGUUCCUGAUUGUGUUAGUGAGGACACUCAGGAGGCCAGCUACGAUGUCUUGGCAUCUGUUUUGUAUCGAGCUAAUGGUGCCGUACAGCCCACCUGUCUCACUCAAUAUAAAAGUCUCCUGCAGCAAUACUAUGAAAGUCUCAAUGGUGUGUUGUCUAGCCGCUGCUCUGCUGCUGUUAAUGUAGCUAUUGAUGUGAUUUUCCAUGAUACGACACUUAAUCUUGCACAGGAAAAUGUAGUGGAGGUUCAAUAUGUGGUUCGUUUGACUCCUGAAGUUAAACAAAAACUGCUUUAUGAGCUCUGUGGUUCCACAUUAUCAUUGAUUUUUGAUUUGAGUGUGCCUUCAACUUCUGCAGUAAUUGAACCCAUACUCAAUCUGUCGUCUGCAGGCAACUCUUGUCCACCGAUGCGUGCUUUGAGUUCCAAUGUCACUCGAGGAUUCACUUGCAAUGUUGGAGAGGUUCUAAAUGUAGAUACAGCUGUGGUGCCACGUUGCCUUCACUGUCCUGCUGGUACCUUUGCACGUCGGGAAGAGAAGGCCUGUUCUCCUUGCCAGAGAGGAUUCUACCAGGACCAGAGUCGUCAAGGUGCUUGUAAACAAUGCUUGCCCGGUACAUACACAUACAAUGAAGGUAGCAAAUCUGCUAUGGACUGUGUCCCUGUCUGUGGUUAUGGGACUUAUUCACCAACAGGUCUAGUACCAUGUCUAAACUGCCCACACAAUUCUUACACAGAAGAUCCUCCUGUCGAUGGUUUCAAGAAAUGCCAGGCUUGUCCUCCAGACACUUUCACCUAUGCAGCUGCCACUGCCUCUCAGCAAAUGUGUCGCAGGAAGUGCAGAGAAGGAAGUUACUCUGAUACAGGACUGGAACCAUGUGCACCCUGCCCCUUCAACUUCUAUCAGCCAUUUGAUGGUCGGACAACUUGUCUUGAGUGUUCAACAGGAAAUCGCACCCUAGAUGCAGGAUCAAGCUCCGAGGAAGAAUGUGUACCUGUGAUCUGCACUGAGGGAAUCUGUCAGAACGGAGGCUUGUGCUUAUCACGUCAGCACCAAGUGCAGUGUUAUUGCCCUGCAGGUUUUACUGGCAGAUUCUGUGAUGUGGAUAUUGAUGAGUGUGCCUCACAACCAUGCUAUAACCAGGGAACUUGUGUUGAUCUUCCCCAGGGUUACAAAUGUGAAUGUGCUGAAGGAUACAGUGGGCUUCAGUGCCAAGAUGAAGUCAGUGAAUGUGUUGAGGAUGCUUGUCCUGACCGAGCCAUGUGCAAGGAUAACCCCGGGAAAGAUACAUACGAGUGUCUGUGCCGUUCAGGCUAUACUGGUCCUGGCUGCAAUAUCACAGUAAACCCAUGUACAGAAAAAGAUAACCCUUGUGCUAAUAAUGCAGCCUGUGUACCACUAGAACAAGGUCGUUUCCGGUGUGAAUGUCUGCCUGGCUGGGAAGGACGAAUGUGUGAAGUGAACAUAGAUGAUUGCAAAGAGAACCCUUGUCUACUCGAAGCCAACUGUACAGAUCUCAUUCAUGAUUUUCGUUGUGACUGUCCAAAUGGUUUCACAGGAAAACGUUGCCACAUCAAAGUAGACCUCUGCAAAUCUUCCCCAUGUACCAAUGGCAUCUGUGUUGACCGUUUCUUCUAUCAUGAGUGCAUUUGCCAUCCAGGUUGGACAGGGGAAAGCUGUGAAGUAAAUGAAGAUGACUGUGUUGAAGAUCCCUGUCAGAAUGGCGGCGAGUGCAUUGACUUGGUUAAUGAAUUCCGUUGUGAAUGUGACACUGGGUAUACUGGAAAACUUUGUCAGCACACAAUUGACGAUUGUGUUUCUGAACCUUGCCAGAAUGGUGGUACUUGUGUUGACAAACUUGAUGGCUUCAUGUGUGAAUGCAGACCUGGCUUUGUAGGUUUACAAUGCGAGGCAUCAAUUGAUGAGUGCAUCAGCAAUCCUUGCAAUCCAGUUGGCACAGAAAAAUGUUUGGACCUUGACAACAUGUUCAAGUGCCAAUGUCAUCCUGGCUAUGAUGGUGAAUUUUGUGAAAACAACAUCAAUGAAUGUGCCACAAACCCAUGCUUUAAUGAGGGUCUGUGCAUAGAUGGUGUAGCAGACUUCACUUGCACCUGCAGACCAGGGUGGACAGGCAAACGAUGUGAAAAUGACAUUGGUGGUUGUGAAUCUGUGCCUUGCCUCAAUAAGGCUGAAUGCUUAAACCUAUUUGAGGACUACUUCUGUGUUUGCCCAUCUGGAACUGAUGGAAAGAGGUGCCAGGUUACCCCUGAACGGUGUGUGGGCAAUCCCUGCAUGAACGGAGCCUCCUGUCAAGACUAUGGUUCUGGUCUCAACUGCACCUGCUCUGAGGACUUCACUGGCAUUGGCUGUCAAUUUGAGUUUGAUGCCUGUGAGGCCGGUCUGUGUAAAAAUGGUGCCACAUGCAUUGACCGAGGUGCUGGCUAUGAGUGUGUGUGCCCUGCAGGUUACACUGGAAGACACUGCGAUGAGGACAUUGUUAACUGCACACCAACUUCGUGUCCCCCUGGUGCAACGUGCGUUGACUUGACUAAUGAUUUCUACUGCAAGUGUCCUUUCAACCUUACUGGAGAAGACUGUAGGAAGGUGAUCAAUAUCGACUAUGAAUUAUACAUAAAUGAUGAGAGCAAGGCAUCCAGUGCCUCACUAGCAACGCCCUUCAUGCUCGGCAGUGCCACAUCCUUCACUCUGGCACUCUGGGUUCAGUUUGCCAUCCCUGACGAUCUAGGCACCAUUUUCACACUCUACUCUGUUUCGAGCCCAUAUGUGCCGUCUGACAAGAGGGUUAUUCUUCAAGCGACCAAUGCAGGUAUUGCCAUAGAGUUCUUUAAAGAUCUGAAGGAGUUUGUAACCUACCGUCCUAACAUCCCAGUCAACGACGGUCAGUGGCACCACGUCGCUCUCGUGUGGGAUGGCACCGCUGGUGUGCUCACUCUCACCACCGAUGCCGUAGUUGUUGCUCAGGUGGAAGGAUUUGCCCAAGGACGCCAGUUGCCCAUGUAUGGCUGGUUGACCCUUGGCUCUGUUGAGACUAAAUUUGCUGGCUACACUAACGAACGAGGUUUCCAUGGUCGUGUUGCUCGUCUUAAUGCCUGGAAUCGUCCUCUUGACUUCCGCACAGAAAUUCCAAAAAUGGUUCGCUCAUGCAUGAACUCUCCAGUUAUGUUUGAUGGUCUUUUACUUCGAUGGACUGGUUAUGAUAUGGUAAAGGGCAAUGUGGAGCGGAUCGGACCAUCUACCUGUGGACAGUAUGUGUGUCCCCCUGGCUACACAGGGGACUGCUCGGUAUUGGAAAGGGACAAGACGCCUCCUCGUGUGGACCACUGCCCUGGAGAUAUUUGGGUCAUUACACGAAAUGGCUCUGCAGUGGUUGAUUGGGAUGAACCUGUAUUUUCUGAUAAUAUUGGUAUUGAGCAGGUUGUUGACAAGUCUGGCUAUUCUCCAGGACAGGCCUUCACAUGGGGUACUUACGAUGUUGCCAGAGUGGCCUAUGACGUUGCUGGUAACUCGGCCACUUGUUCAUUUAAUGUUUACGUACUGGAAGAGUUCUGCCCAAAAUUGGACGAUCCUGUAGGAGGUGUUCAGCGUUGCUCAGACUGGGGUCCCGGUGGCCGUUUCAAGGUCUGCAAAAUUGAGUGCAAUGAUGGGCUCAAGUUUUCCACAAAGGUUCCCGACUUCUACACGUGUGGUGCCGAGGGCUUUUGGCGUCCAACACACGACCCAUCAUACCCACUGGUGUACCCGUCGUGUUCCCCAGCCUCUCCUGCACAAAGAGUCUUCAACAUUAACAUGCAGUUCCCAUCCUCUGUAAUUUGCAAUGCAGCUGGCCAAAAUGUUCUCAGUGAAAGGAUUAAGAUUGCACUAAACAAACUGAAUGCUCAGUGGAACUUCUGCACUCACACUGCUGCUUCUACGGGACAAUGCAAUGGCCUUGAUGUAAUUGUUGACUGCUCUCGAAGGAACCGUGUAGCUCGUGACACUAUGGACUCGAGGGCCAAACGUCAAGCUGCUCCUGAAACUGAUGACGUCUAUCAAGUGAAGAUCACUUUUCCUUCUGUAAACGAGCCACGAUGGAAGAGGAGCACAGAUCAGGCUUACCAGUAUAACCUGAAAGUCUCUUUCCCUGCCAAGAAUGAUCCUGUCCAGAACACUAAUUCAGAAUUGGAAUCGACUGUUCGUCGUUUGAUUGAAGGAGUUAUCCUUGAACAAGAUCAGUUUGAUGUUCGUGAUGCUCUUCCCAAUGUUGUCCCAGAUCCAUCCUCUCUUGACCUCAAAUCUGAAUAUUCAUGUCCUGUUGGCAAGGUUGUGGUUGAUAGUGAAUGUGUGGACUGUGCAACAGGGACUUAUUAUGAUCAGGAGACAAAAUCUUGCAAGCUGUGUGAAUCUGGCACAUACCAGAAUGAGAUGGGUCAGGUUGCCUGCAAGCCAUGCCCUCAGCGUGCAGGUCGGCAAGAAGUUACCAAGACAUCAGGCUCACGCUCGGUUGAAAACUGCCAGGAGCGGUGUGCUGCUGGAAGGUACUUUGAUGAAGAAAUGAGUGUUUGUCGAUCUUGUGGUUAUGGGUAUUACCAAUCUGAAGAGGGCAAAUUCUCAUGUAAGAGGUGUGAUCGAGGCCUCACCACACGCACAAAAGAGGCCGUAUCAUCAUCUGAAUGCCGUGAGGAGUGUGAAUCAGGUCUCCAGCUUGGCACAACUGGUCCAUGUGAGCCUUGCCCUCGUGGAACAUACCGUACCAAGGGUAUUCAUGCUGCUUGCAUCCGCUGUCCAGAAGAUCGUACCACUCUAGGACCUGGUGCAUCUUCCCUGGAAGAAUGCUCUCUACCAAUAUGCAUUGCUGGAACAUUCCUUUCUAAUCUGAACACAGCAUAUGAAUGUCUGAAAUGUCCUAAAGGCACUUAUCAACCAGAGGCACUGCAAACAUCAUGUAUAGACUGUCCACAAGACACCUCAACCCAUGACGUUGGUGCCACCUCGAUGGAGGAGUGUUCAAAUCCCUGUGAGGUUCAUGGGGAACAGAUGCUUUGCGACCCCAAUGCCCUUUGUCUCUUUAUCUCGGAAACAAAUGACUUUGAAUGCCAGUGCAAACCAGGAUUCAAUGGUUCUGGAGAACACUGUUCUAAUAAGUGUGACGGCUUCUGUGAGAAUAACGGUGCUUGUAAAAAGAAUGAAGAUGAGGAGCCCUUCUGCGUUUGCUCAGGUUCUUUCACAGGCAGCAAAUGCCAGAUUAAGAGCGACUUCACAUAUAUUGCUGGAGGCAUCGCGGGUGCUGUUGUCUUCCUGAUUCUCAUUGUGCUUCUGGUAUGGAUGAUCUGCAUCCGCGCCACCAGGAGACGUGAGCCUAAGAAGGGCUUCAUCAACCAGCCAUCCAUUGAUCCCAACGGUUCACAGGUUAACUUCUAUUAUGGAGCACCUGCCCCUUAUGCGGAAAGCAUUGCACCAUCUCAUCACUCAACUUAUGCUCAUUACUACGAUGAUGAAGAAGAUGCCUGGGAGAUGCCUAACUUCUACAAUGAGACUUACAUGAAGACCGGGUUCCAGAAUGGAGCAGGAAAUAGCCUGGCUCGGUCUAACGCCUCCAUCUACGGCAACAAGGAAGACCUGUACGAUCGCCUCCGCAAGCACGCUUACCAAGGCAAGAAAGAUAAAGACGAGACAGGUGACAGUGAUGAUCAAGCCCAUUGAUUAGAUAAACAUAUUAUGGUGUCUGACGUCCACAUUCAUUUGUUAGCGUGUUGAUGCUACUGUACUUUAUGUACUUAGUGAGAAUAAAAACAAGCUAUUCAAAGGUUUUUCCAAUGGUUGGUUGGCUUUGAAAAUAUGGCAUUAUCUCAUUACUACAUAUCACCAAUCAAUAGAAAAAUCUUGUGCCAGGAAAGGUGCCAGUCCUCGGACAAAGCCUGAUCAGAGCAUGGCAGACAGUGGCCAAUGUGUUCCUCUGGGUGUACACCUGGGCCGCUGGCUAGCCUUAUCUAGGAUCUUGCUAAGUCAAAUCCAUCAGAAGGACUUAUUUGUAAAGACUAAAUUGAAUUACAAUAUGUAUAUAUAUAAUAUACACACACACACACACACACACAGAAUUUCAGUUUCAACACACACACAUACAGUGGUAGACAGUUGGAACAAGUUAGGUGAGAAGGUGGUGGAGGCCAAAAC